UCCAUACAACCGAAUUUUUUUUCAAUUUUUUAUCCGUUCCCUCUUUCCGUUCAUUUUUUUUCUCCCGCAAAGUGAUGGUGGAAGUAAUCCGACCUUUUUCCUUUCCAGCCUUUUCAUCUUCUACCAGCCGCGUUUUUAUUUAUUUUCCUUUAAAAAUAAUCGUCCAUAAAAAGAACCGGAUAGACUGGACAGUUUUUAUGUUCUUUUUUUGCGCAAGGUCUGCGGUCUACUAUUUUAUAUGUAUGUACAUAUAUGUGUAUAUACAACUCUAAAUUCGCUCAAAAUUUUAUUUUUCAUUUUU